CUUGAAGGCAACAAAUGCUGAAUCACUUGAGUAUUGAGUGUUUGAUUGAAAAGCGAAAAGUGUUUGAAAUAAACGAUUGUUUUAACCAUUGAUUGAAUUGAAGACACAAUCGCUGACCAGAGAUGUCGAGAGGAAGUUCAGCCGGUUUUGAUCGACACAUCACUAUCUUCUCACCCGAAGGACGUCUAUAUCAAGUGGAGUAUGCCUUCAAAGCCAUAAACCAGAGCGCAAUCACAUCGUUGGGACUGAAGGGCAAAGACUGCGCGGUUGUGGUGACCCAGAAGAAGGUGGCCGACAAACUGAUUGAUCCGAGUUCUGUC